AUGGACUUCCUGACUCCCAAAGAACAAGACUCUGACUCCGACAAUGAAGACGAGGACAUUGAUUAUGGCGAGAGCAUUGAUUUGGAGAAAACUGAUGGGGAAGAUGACAACGAGGAUGAGGAUGAGGAGGAGGAGGACGGAGAUGAUGAUGUCAACAUGAGAGGAGAAGCCGAUGAAAACUUUGAGGAGUUCGAUGACCCAGACGCCGACAUGAAGAUGGAACACUACGGGAAGGGGUCUUAUUCGGGGGGGCUAAAUGAUGACGAAUGGAAUGCGUGGCAGUGA